ACGUCAUCGGGCUGAUGUGUGCGGAUACGCGCCGCCAACAAACAUAACUCCGCGUGAAUCGCGCCGCGGAGGAACCGAGAGCCGCGGAGGAUGGAGCGGUAAGCGCGCGGUGGCCCGUCACUAACGACACGACACCUCAGAAACACGACCGGAAGCGGUAGAGUCCGCUGAGCGCGCGCUCGGCUCGACCCGGAUGUGCUGGCCCCCAUGCGUCUCUACACUCUCUCUAAGAGACACUUUGUUCUGGUGUUCGUGGUGUUCUUCUUCUGCUUCGGCGUCUCGACGCUCAUCGGGGUGUCAGGACCGAAGAUCAUCAGCGAGAAUUAUUACAACGGGUUGAGUUUCAGCACCAACGGGUCAAAGAGCGGACCGUUUGACCUUCAAUCUCCACCACUGUCCAACUACAACCAGCAGCUGUGGCUGACCUGCAUCAUCCAGCUGGACAGCAGCAUUGCAGACCUGAGCUGGGAGGAGCUGGGGGUGAACGUGGAUCUUCAGGGAGUGACUCAGGACGCUAGUGUGAUGAGGAUCAGUGAUAACAUUCAUAACAAGAACCGGAGCCUGCGCUGCGCCGCUCAUCAGCCGGCGUGUGACGAGAUCAUCGUUCUUCAUCUGGGGUAUCUGAACUACACUCAGUACAAGAUCAACGUCAGCUUCAGGAAUCUUCAAGACGGCCUGAAGGACAAAAUCAAAAACGUGACUUUUGUGUUCAAGAUGUACAACGCCACGUUCUCUCAGGUGGAGAUCUGGUUCCGCUUCGUGUUUGUGGUGAUGACCUUCAUCGUGACCUGUAUGUUCGCUCACUCUUUGAGAAAGUUCUCCAUGAGGGACUGGGGCAUCGAGCAGAAGUGGAUGUCCAUUCUUCUUCCUCUGCUGCUGCUGUAUAACGAUCCGUUCUUCCCGCUCUCCUUCCUGGUGAACAGCUGGUUUCCCGGGACGCUGGACGCCUUCUUCCAGGCUCUGUUCCUGUGUGCCCUGCUGCUCUUCUGGCUGUGUGUGUAUCACGGCAUCCGAGUGCAGGGAGACCGGAGGUUCCUGACCUUCUACCUGCCCAAGCUGCUGGUCGUGGGGCUGCUGUGGCUCUCGGCCGUCACGCUGGGAAUCUGGCAAACGGUGAAUGAGCUGCAGGAUCCCACGUAUCAGUACAAAGUGGACAUCCAGAACUUCCAGGGCAUGAAGGUCUUCUUCCUGUUGCUGGUGGCUGUGUAUGUGCUGUAUCUGGUGUUUCUGGUGCUGUGUGCCUGCUCCGAGCUCAAGAACGCACCCUACAUGGAUCUGCGGCUGAAGUUUCUGACGGCACUGACCCUGCUGGUGCUGGUGAUCAGUGUGAUUAUUCUGUACCUGAGAUUUGGCUCCAAGGCUUUGCAAGACAACUUUGUUUCUGAGCUCUCCACUCACUACCAGAACUCAGCUGAAUUUCUGUCCUUCUACGGCCUGCUGAACUUCUAUCUCUACACGCUAGCGUUCGUCUACUCUCCCUCCAGAAACGCUCUGUACGACUCGCAGCUGAAGGACAACCCAGCGUUCUCCAUGCUCAACGACUCGGACGAUGAGGUCAUUUACGGGAGCGACUACGAGGAAAUGCCUCUUCAGAAUGGCCGUGCCAUCAAAGCCAGCGCCAAAUACCAGGAUGAGAGCGAGAGCGACUGAAAGCGGAGUGACUCCGGAUCAUGUAUACAGAUGAACCGUGUGUAAAUAUAGAGGUGUUUUUAACUCCGUUCCUGACCUCGGCUGGGGACUCUAAAGAGGAGAAAUCAAUCGUGUAUAUUUUCUUUUGCAUUCGAGAUAAUUAAGCACAUUUCAACCCUGUGAUAAUAAAUCGGUUUAACACAUAGUACCUUGACGAAGCAAGUAUAAACAUCUAAAAAGAAUUAUUUUAUAAAUAUUUUCAUACGAAAUGCUGCUUUUUUUUUUGUUGUUUUUUUGCAAUGCAGUAAUAAUUUAGGGUAAAUGUGCUUAAUUUUCAUGAAAACCCCCCAUUAAGGGUCUCUAAAUCUUUUAUUCCUUUGGUUCUUGAGCGAGAGAUGUUGUGUUUAUGUGAUUGGCCUCAUCCAUCAGACUCUAUUCAGAACGUGUGAGGAAGCUGCAUAUAACUCUAUUGGUUUGGUUCUGUUUGGAGCGUCUCUGGAGCCUUCACUGGAUCUUGUACUUCAGCCUUGUUUUCUCACAUUCCUGUUUUAUUGUGCCUCUACUCGUUUCUCUCCUGUUUUCCUCUACUUCUGAUCAUUGUUUUGUGGGUCUGAAUCACUUCCAGGGUCCCGCUGAGGACCCGAGCGCCUUGUUUUUUUUUGUUUGGUUCACUCCGAUGUCUUCUGAAGACGUGGUUUCAUUGAGAGGUUCGCUGUGCCUUUCCACGUGUACAUAAGAUCAUUCCCGAAGCGCCGAGCUUCACCUGCACUGUCGUGACGUCUGAGCGAAUGUGGAAUAAACUCUUCAGACACUUUUAA